AUGGCUUCUGCCAAUAGUGCAAUCUCCUCUGACCCAAAACCUCAAGGGUCUAGAUUUGCCGCAUCAGCCUCUAAGGCGAGGACAGAGGCGAGGACAGCCGAUGGGCGAUUGAGCUUGGCCGCAGAACUCAGCAUUGACCCCGAAGAUAUGGUGAAUUAUCGUGGGCGAGUCCGUUCAUCAAAGCCAUUGAACGUGGAGGCCCUGUUCGGUGGUAAAAUUGAUGUCGACAAAAUCGCUGUGCAUGUUGGAAGGCCAAGAGGUGCCCCUGCAUCUGAAGCAGUAACGAAAGUGGCAUCAAUUUCAUCAGCUUCAUCAAGCAAUGAUGAUGAUCCCCCGAGACGACCAGCUCCCGUGCCCUCACUGCCUUUGGGCAAGUUUCCUUCCAGGAGAAACACUGCAUCUUCCCUUCACUCUGAGCCGCAAGUAUUGAUACGAGACGAACAUGACACCUUCCGUUACUAUGCGCCAAUCCCGCCUCCUGUGGGGCACUGGUUGCCGGAGCUGGUCAAAUACCAAAACGAGACACAUUCCCACAUGAUGGCUCGAAUAGCGGGCGUCGAUGUGUUGUAUUCGCAACUCCAUCUCAUGUCGAACACGGAGCGCUAUGAGUGGGAGAGGAGAUUCAUGGGAUACUUCCGCUGGACGCCAUGGAGCCGUCGCAGCGGCUUGAGUCUUGUCCAGUGGGUCAAGGACCGCGGAUACGACUCGACCUGGACGCCCGAGGCCAAGGCCAUGUUUGCAAAGGUCUCGCAGAGCGGUUUCCCUCACCCCAGGUACUACCCGAAAGUGAUUACAGUUUUCGACGAAUUCACUCGCCGGAUGCAAGAUAUGCUCAUCGGCGUCGGCAUCUACAACCUUGCCUUUGCCAAAAUCCGCCCCGACUACUACAUCGUCGUGCCCAUUGGCCACAGUCGCCUGGUGUACUGGGACGGCGACUUUUCCCCGCUGGAGCGCUCAUUCAUUGCCGUCUGGUAUCCCUACUCGUUCAUCAGUUUGACGGCGCUGCCUGGAGACAGCGACCGCGAUACUUUCGAGCGCGAGCUGUUCCGUCUCGGUACCGUUCUCAAACGCCUCUACGUCGACAGGGUGCCGUGUUGGCGCGAAGCCUUUAACCGCUUGCAAGCGAUGUGA